GUCUCCUCCAAGGAGCGAGAUGGCGGUCAACCCAUGGCUCAUUGUCAUGUCUGUUCUCGGGGGCUUUUGCUUCACCCUCGCACUGUUCAUCUUCAAACACACGUUGUGGUGGAUCGAGACCAGGGAGACGUCGAGGAGACCCAAGCACCUGUACAACUACGUGGGAUGGUAUCUUGGACUGCUGCUGUUUGCAGUGGGGAAGAUCUUGGAGGUUGUGCCUGCCCAGUACGAGGGCCUGUCAUGGUCAUCAGUGGCGCAGAUGUCGUCACUGGCGCUAACGGUUGUCUUGGAGGCACUCUUUCUCCCCGAUACGGACCUCUCACGCCUGGACUAUGUGGCUUACGCACUCAUCAUCGGCGGUCUCCUCUGUACCUCGCCGCUGGACUCGCAUGUCGAGGGCGAGUCGUUUGCCACCAUCUUUUUCAUCGCAUGCAUGCUCCUUGCGCUGUUCAUCUUCUCCAUCGGCCUGCGGAUCCUCAUUGCGCGCAAGGUCGAGAUCAAGGGUCUUUCGGCCGAGGCCAACGCCCGGUUCCGCAAGUACUUUCCGGUGGUGCUCAUGUCCGAGGUCACGCUCUUCUCGGCGCUCAUGUUUGCGUCGGCGCGAGUGACGACGCACCUUGUCUCCGCACUCCUCACCAUUGUCAGCAUCUACGUCGCCGCCUUUAUCGCCGUCUUUCUCUUCCAGCUCUUCCAGCUCACGCUUGCACUCCAUGACUACGAGUUUGGUUACGUCGUCCCGCUCUUCCACGUCAUGCGGCGGUACACCUCAAUUGUGGUCUCGCUGAUGCUCGGCCGUGCCGACGGCGCCUCGCCGUGGACCCACAUUGUGCUGCCCAUCUUUGGCAUGAUCCUCAUGGGCAUCGCUGUCUUUAUCCUGCAUCACUUUCGCGAAAACUUUUCGCACUUUCGGUCGGUGGCCAAGCACGAGGAUCGUGCGCCCAAGCUGCCGCUGCCCAAGGUCAAGACGGUCUCCGAGCCGGAAAACACGUUUGCCAAUGCUGCGCUCGCCGCCCUCGCCCAGAAGCGUGCCGUCAAGGAGACGAUGGACCGCCGGCUCCGCGCAGGCAAGUUUGACGCCCUUCCGGACGAAGACAAGGCCGAGGCCAUGCGCCUCUUUGUUGCUGCGCGCAACGCCGAGCUGGAGCAGUAUCGGCGCGAGCCAGUCACCGCACCGGCGCCGCCAUCGCCGUCGAACACGAUAGCCCGCACCGAGUCGAUGUGGUCCAUGGUUGGCCCGCGAGCUCGCGGCCGCUCGUCCGAGUACACCUACGCCUACUCGUACGCGUACUCGGAGGAGCAGGAGGAUAACGAAAGCUCGCUGGAGGGCGCUGGUACCAGCCUCCAUCCCGGUGGGAGCUCGCUCCGCCGCGGUGCCUCGAUACUCGACACUGAGCUACAGGACCUUGCUGGCGCAUCAAGCGCCAGCGACUCGGAGAUCCGUGGUCGGAUUCUCGCCCAACCGCCGCAGCGACACGAGGGCGCUUGGUACGAGCUCGGCCCGCUCUGCGGCGCGUGCCACGGCUCUGAUUCCGACUCGUCCGACGACGACGACGACGUCGUUGUCAUCGGAGGUGAGCCCGCUGCGGCCGCGUCCAAGCCGCGCAAGGCCGCCCACGCUCUCGCGCAGCUUGCAGUCCCGCUUCAAGGCGGGCCGCAGCCCAAGAUCAAGGCCAACCAUGAGGACGUGGCGGCGGCCUCGGGCUCAGGCUGGCUCUCUCUCGGCCGCGGCGUUGGCUGGCACAUCCCACUCCUGCCGGACACCGACCGUCACUCACAGCUCGCGCGUGCCGAUGGCCUCCACAUUUGCUCGCAGCACUGGUCGAUGGGCAUGAGAGGUGUCUUCUGCUGCUGCUUCUUUGCCGCGCUCUCACUCGUCUACCUCCUUGUCACCUUUACCCUCAUGGUCGGCCUCUACCGCGGGUGCCCCGGCGUCGCACCCUUUGCCGACCUCCCGCCGCUCCCGGCCUACAACUCGACGCCGGGCAUCGCCUUCAACCAUGUUAUCCAGCGCGGCAACCACAACUCGGCCCACCUCAAGCCAGUCUCAGUCUUCCCAGGCUUCUCGUCCGGCAUCCUUGCCUGGGCCUACGAGCACGAGCCGCUCGACGUCCAGCUUGACAAGGGCAAUCGCGUGUUUGAGAUCGACGUCCACAUCCGCGGUGGCGCUGCCGCCGUCUUCCAUGUCCAGCUCUGGGACGAUCAGUCGGCAUGCACCUGCCUUGCAGACUGCCUCCGCAUCCUCCUCGCCUGGUCGCUCCGCAACCCGGGCCACACCCCAUUUGUCGUUGGCCUCGAGAUCAAGUACGACUGGCAGGAGGACCUCGUCGCCGCCUACAACGGCAUCGACUUUGGCGACAUGGUCAUCAUCGAGGACACCUUCAAGUCCAUCUGGGGCGACCGCAUCGUCACUCCAGACAUCAUCCGUGGCUCGCACGCCAACCUCACCCAUGCCGUUCUAACCGACGGAUGGCCCUCGCUCGACGCCAUGCGUGACAAGAUGAUCAUCUUCCUCGACGACGAAAAGGAGCUCCGCGACUUGUACACCUCGCGCUCGCCCAUCCUCGAGAAUCGCGUCAUGUUCACCAUCUCAAAGGGCCAAGACCCACGCCCUGACAUGGCCGUCGUCAAGAUCAACGACCCCACAGACGACCAGGGCUACGACCUCAUUGUCUCUGCCGUCGAGCGCGGUUUUAUCGUCCGCACUCGCGCAGACUCGAAUGAGGAGUAUUGGGACAGGGACAACCCGUACCGCCUCGGCCGGGCCGUCUCUUCAGGCGCACAGAUCAUCUCCUUUGACUGGUUCGUCCACUCCAAGUGGCAUGCUGCUGUUGGCAACUACGUCGUCGGCUGCAACAACAGGACUGCGCCUGCUCACUGCGAUCCGGUCGCCAUCAACGUCCCCGGUUCUGUCAUCCCCCCGCCGCAGUAAGUUCCAGCUGCCUUGCGGUGCUGUUGGUACCGCGGGUGCAGCAAGCGAGCGCUGACGUGCGGCUGACCGGAAAGGUGUGCGCCGACGCGCACGAGUAAAGUGGCGACACCUCUU